AUGCUAAUGAUGUCGCUGUCAUGUUCUGACCUUGCCUACAGCACACUCGUGAUGCCGUUCUGUGUGCUUGAAGUUAUCGAAAAUGGGAGAUGGCUAUUUGGGGAAAUCUUGUGUCAUGCGCGAAGCGUAAUGGUGUAUUAUUUCCUUUCCGUGUCCAUCUACCAUGUGGCAUGCAUGGCUGUUGAUAGAUACAUAGCCAUCAGCAAGCCAUUCUUGUACCGGAAUUUCACUAUAAAAACUGGCUACGUCAUGAUUGGAGUUUCUUGGAUGUUACCAGUAUUAAUUCAGUUCUUGCCGCAUUUCUUGGGAUGGGCAAAUAUUGAAGAAAACAUAAUAUUCAAAUGUCACGAUAAAGAAUGUCUUCACAUAUUUAAACAAGGAUCUUUCAUAGCAUGCAUUAUAGUUGGUUUCUGCAUCCCUUUCCUCAUCCCAUACUUAUGUUACAUAUUGAUAUUGAGAAUAGUCAUGAAAUUUAACACGAGACGAAAAAAACACGUUGGCAAAGUGAUACGGCGAGCCAAACCCAUCAUCCAAACCAUAUCUGGAAAUGUGGUCAGGAAAACUAAUUCGAUUACUCAGCAACAAACAACUGAUGUGGCCUCCAUCAAUUUUACAGACAUAUCGAUAUUGAGCUCUGUGGCCCUGGCAACAGAGAUUGGAGACCAUCAUACAGAUGCACACGCAAUCACCGAUCCUAUCGUCAAUCAUAGUUUAUCUGUUGGCGCGUUAGAUCCUAAAUUGAACAUUCGGCCACUAACAGAUGUUGCGGACAUUCAAGCCGAAAAAAUCUCGAAUCUCCGCGGCAAAGAGACAUUCGAAGGUGCAUUCUCGUCAAAGUCAGCGCCGGCGAAGAGAAACCUAAAGGCCUACGGCACGGUCGGCAGCAUCCUGAUAUGUUUCACCAUAUGCUGGAGUCCGACCUGCGGCUUCGUCGUUACGUUCCUUCGUGCCGGUGAUCCUAUGCAGCCCUGGUUUUUCGUGAUGGUGAUGUGGAUCGCGAACCUGAACAUGGCCCUGAACCCGUUACUCUAU